AUGUUGAAAAAAGAACCGAUUAGGUAUUAUGAAAAUACUUGUACAAGUACUUACAAUACCCCCAAAAGGACUGGAAAAAUCAAUGGUGUAGAAAAUUUUGAUGCAUCCUUUUUUGGGAUACCACCUAGAUUAGCGAACUUUAUAGAACCAAGACAUAGAAUUGUGUUUGAAACGGUUUUUGAAGCCAUGGUAGAUGCAGGUUACAAUCCUAAAGAAUUCAGAGGUUCAAACAUGGGUGUUUUUGUUGGCUGUAGCAAUUUUGGUGCGGAAGAAAUUUACUCUGACGCCGAUAACACAUUUGGAUACUCAGCUUUUGGCUGUGUCAUCUCACAAUUAGCCAACAGAAUAUCAUUUUGUUUUGAUCUGAAAGGACCUAGUUUUACCAUAGAUACAGCGUGCUCGUCUAGUUUUUAUGCGUUAGCAAAUGCUGUUAACGCGAUUGAGAGUGGUCGAAUUGAUGCAGCUAUUGUAGCAGCUGUGAAUAUAAAUUUUUCACCUAAUCAAAUCAAGUCGUUUAAUCUUCUCAACGUACUGUCAAAAGAAGGAAAAAGUAAAGUUUUUUCCGCAGACAGAGAUGGUUAUGUAAAAUCUGAAGCAGUGGUGACAAUUUUAUUGCAAAAGAAAACUGCAUGUCGCAGAUUAUAUGCUACAGUUCUGGGUGCCGAUGUAAACUGCGAUGGAUAUAAGAGUGAAGGAAUAUCAUUUCCAUCUAAAGAAUUUCAAUCAAGCUUAAUAAAAUCAGUUUUUGAAUCGAAGAAUUUAAAUGUAAACGAUGUUGAUUAUGUUGAAAUGCACGGAACAGAACCCCCUUACUUGUUGGAUCUGUUAAAUCUAAUAUGGGACAUGCAGAAAUAUUCCGUGUUAGGAACUAAUCCGUUAAAGGAAAUACAAAAAUAUGAUACAAAGAAACGACCGAUUUGGUUUAUAUACAGUGGGAUGGGAAGUCAGUGGUCAGGAAUGGGGAAAGAUUUAAUGAAAUUAGAUGUUUUCAGAAAAACUUUCAAGAAGUGUGCUAAUGCUCUUAGGCCCUAUAAUGUCGAUUUAGAAAAAGUUAUUCUCAGUGACGAUCCAAGUGUAUUGGAUGAUAUAGUUAAUUGCUUUUCUUCAAUAGCAGCUGUUUCGAUUGCUUUGACGGAUGUAUUGAAAUCGUUCGGAAUUGAGGCAGAUUAUUUUGCUGGACAUUCUUUGGGUGAAACAGGAUGUGCGUAUUAUAAUGGUGGCAUAACAGCCGAACAAGCUACUUUGAUAGGUUUUGCCAGAGGUUACACCACCCUCCAGGCAAAGUGUAAGCAAAAUGGGCAAAUGGCAGCUGUGGGUUUAGGAAAAGAUGAAUGUUUGUCUCUUUUACCAGAAGGAGUGUACAUAGCCUGUGUCAAUGGAUUUAAAAACGUAACAGUCUCUGGAGAAAAAACAAAAGUUAAAGAGUUUGUCGAAGACCUUACAAAUCGCGGUAUUUUUGCUCGUUUAGUACCAACCGCCAACUAUGCUUUCCAUUCCAAAUAUGUUAGCGAGGCAGUGCCGAUUUUAAAGGAUUUUGUUGAUAAACUUAUACCAAAUCCCAAACCAAGAUCCCCAAAAUGGAUUUCAAGCUCAUGGGAUGAAGAUGAUUCUGAGAAUCCUUUAUCCAAACUAAACUCGGGUGAUUAUCAUGCUCACAAUUACGGAAACACUGUAUUCUUUGACCAGGUAUUGAAACAAAUUCCUAAAGACGCCAUUUUGAUUGAAGUGUCACCUCACGCGUUGCUCACUCCAAUUUUAAGAAGAGAAUUAGGACCUGACAUUACUUACCUGAGUUUAGCGAACAGAAAUAGUCAAGAUAAUGUUCAACAUUUAUUGUCAAACAUUGGGAAGUAA